AGCCCACACGGGAUACUUGGGACUGGUAUGUCUUCAUUACGUCUUCAGGAAAUCUACGUCAAACAUUCGGAGAUGCAUUAUUUUCACGAAGUCCUCGAUUUUAUAGACUAUAUGCUCUCCGUCAGACAAAAGAUUCUAUCAGGUGGCGUCCCAUCGGAAGAACUGAAUUGUCUGCGAAUCCAGCUUGCAAAGAAGAUCGACCGCGGAAAUAUGUUGCUGAGCCUAAAUGUUACAAUACGGAACGAACAUGGCUUAGCAUUCGAUCCGGAUUCAAUUUCUUUCCUACAAACGUAUGCGGAACAUCAGAAUGCUCAAAAGCGUGUUGCAGUAGAUUCCUCUCAGGUUGAUGCAAAUGAGAAAACCCCCAAAGCAUUCUGUGUAUUGUUACGGGUUCAGAGCAUAGAGUUACAGAUGAAACAGAAUUGCGAAAUUAGCAUGGUGCUCUAUGACUUUGAAAGAAAACAACAUGCCAGCGAUACUUUCACAUUCAUCUGGAAAAGUAAUGAAUCGAAUUCACGCGAUCUCAACAUUAGCGGGCUGUUCGCGAAUUUCAAUCAGAGUGAUAUUGGUAGACGUUUCGUUUUAAUAACUCGAGUCGCCCGUAUAGCUCCUGUAGAACACACGUCGUCCACUCUGAGAAGAAACCAGGAACCAGGCCCAACCAGUCUCUACUGCCGUCAAGUUUUCGCUUUUGAUUUCUUCGACAUGACGUCGGUGUUUACAAAUCCUCAACCAUCUCACGACGCCAAGGAUAAGGUCAUUUUCCUCAACAAAGACCAGAAUUUCGAUCAAUUGCUAAAAUCCCUUCAAACAACAGCUAAGGUUCCAAAACUGAGCGCAUCAUCAGGUCAGCCAUCGUUUAUAUUCGAAGAUUUCAAUGAUGGUAAGAUACUCAUUUCAACGCAAGUCUACACCAAUGGGUUGUCGGAGCUCAAACUGAGGAGGCCAUAUCUUUUCACUAGGAAUCCUCCUACAAUCAUUUCUCGUUGUGACUACGCGGGACCUGCGUCUGGUUGA